AUCACAUGGAACAAGAAAGGCACCCGAAGAUUCCGAUAUUUUCAAGAAUGCGGAAAAGCUCAAGAAGAGAUUGCCGAUGUGUCUUGCACCGACCAGUUGGUGUCAUGAUUAGCACACGAUUUGAGAUCAUCCGCUUCAGAAUCCUUCAUCAGUGGCCAGUGGCUGGUCACAUUUGAGUUUGGCGUGCUGGCUUGUUGAGGGAAGCAGAUAGAUCGAUUCGAGUGAUGGCCGUAAGAUCUCUACGUGUUGCCGGCGCGUACCGGGACUUUUGCCGUGCGGUGAAGACGACCUUUGCGGCUGACCCGCAGAUUCAGCGGCAGCUCAGGGCGGAGACGGCCCGCGCCCUGCGUCAGCAAGCCUCCCUCAAGUCGGAAGACGCCUGGGCUUCGCUCUCGGCUCCAGCUUGGCGCGUCGCCUGUCGGAAAGCCGAGGUCGCGGACCUGAAGUCGGGCACGGACAUGAUCAGGUACGAGGUGAUCCAGGCGUCUCUGAACCCGGAGACCCAGAACUAUCGCGCGCACAUCACUCAGGAGCACUUGUCGAAGACGAGCGUUGUAGAUUUGCUGCCCCCUGACGAAGCGCUGAAGAAGCAAGGGUUCGACUCAAGUGAAGUCAGCAUCGGCAAGCGAGGCCCGGUCCUGGGCCGCCAGGCCAAGGCCCAGUUCCUGAAAGAGGUCUAUGACGUGACCUUCUCAGGCAGGGAGAACGUCUGGAAGGUUGUGGAGAAGGAGAAGCGGGAUGCCAAGCCAGAGAAGGUCCCGGACUGGAUGCGUGAGCGCAGACGAGCCGAAGAGCGUGCAGAGAAGAAGUGGAGCAAGAAGUUUCAGGAGUGGCAGAUGAGCUUUGAGGCUGCCCAGGACGCUCCGGAGGAGAUCCAGCGGAUGCCCUCAUAUCGCGAGGUGGAGAAGCUCGACAGCUCGGCGAAGGGCCGGGAGGAGGUGCAGAAGGCGCAGCGGGAGGCGCAGGAGCUGCGCCGGGAGUGCACGCGGCUGGAAGCCGAGCUCAGCCGCUUGUACGAGGAGUUCCGGAGGGUUCGACGGGAAGGAAUGGAGGAGAGCAAGCGCCGCGAGAAGCUGGAGCAGCACCUGGAGACCGUGGCAAAGGACCACGAGGCGUGGCGCGAGCGCAGCGAGCACCGGGAGUCCCAGCUUCAGCAGGCGCGGCUGCUGCGCCGGAGCGUGGCCAGCCGCGUGGCGCUCUUCGGCUACGAGCUCCACGAUCUCAGCCUCAGGGCUGCGGGCACGCUGUCCCAGGCGGCUGCUGACAAAGGUGAAGAGCCUCCUGAGGAUGAGGUUGAGGAAGAGGCGGACGCGCUCCUUGACGCCGCAGCUGUCAACGAGGAGAUCGCACGGUUCCUGGAGCAGGAGCCGAUGCCAGACGAUCUGAUUGAGGAGCCUGUGCCGGCUGAUGGUCCCCGUGAUGAGGAGGCUUCACCUGCUGUGAGUCCUCAGCAUGGCGAGGAUUCAAGAGAAGGGCAGGUUGAGGAGCCUGUGCCGGCUGAUGGUCCCCGUGAUGAGGAGCCAGAUAGCCCUGGGCAUGACUGGCAUCCGGACUCAGAGGAGGAUUCACCUGCUGUGAGUCCUCAGCAUGGGGAGGAUUCAAGAGAAUGGCAGGUUGAGGAGCCUGUGCCGGCUGAUGCAUGGCGAGGAUUCAAGAGAAGGGCAGGUUGA